AUGGAGAUGAACUUGGUAGAUAAUUUAAAAAAACUGAAGGAAAAAUUUAGAAACGAAGACGCCGCGUUUGAUUCAGUAGAUAUGGAAAAAUGUUUACGAGAAUUUAAAACUGAGCUAUUUGUUAAAAGGGAUCAAGUCAAACAACUAAGAAGCGACUUGGAUCUUUCAAUGGCGGAAAAUGCAGAGCUGAAAAAAAGUUUAGAUAGUGCAACGAAAGCUUUGGACGAAAGAAGCUUUAAUCUCAAUGUUGUUAGUAAAAAGUUUCGAAACGCCGAAGAUGAGCUCCUGGACAAAACGGAUAAAUUGAAUACUGUCCAAAUGCAGUAUAAAUUGAUGGUGAAGGAAAUGGAAAAAAUGAAGGAACAUUUACAGAUAAAUGAAGCAGAAAAGUUGGAGUUGUCCAGAAAAUUAGAAGUUUUUGAAACAAAGCAUCGUCAGAGCUUUAUUUAUCAUAACCAAAUAUUAAAAAGAGAGAAUGCAUUGAUGAGCACCAUCGAAGAAGUAGGAGAAAUGGUUAAAAUGCUUAAGUCGGAAGUGGGCGAAGUAAAUGAAUUUCACGAGAAGACUAAGUUAGCAGAAGAGUCACUAGAAAAAUACCAACAGCUUAUUCGUAGCUAUGAUAAGCUGAAAAAAGAAAAAGACUACAUUCAGGAGCUAUAUAUAAAGAUAAAUGAUCCUACAGUGACAUUUUGUCUGUGUUCACUGAAAAACAUAGGAACUAAAGCGUUGGAUGCAGAGUGGACCGCCAGCAGAUCCCACUAUAGGCAGCAGAUUCAAAAAACCAAUGAAAUAAUACAAAAACUAACAGACUCCUAUACCACUGAAAAAACAACUAAUGUCCAACUUAUUGAAAAACUUGAGGAACUAAAACAAGAAAAUGAUAAACUAAAGACAUAUAUAGAUACGUUAGAGAAACCAAAAGAAACUGAAAAGUUAGGACAAGAAAUGAAAGUACUCAAGCAGACAGAAACAGAAAAUGAUAAUGUUGAAGCAGUUAGGAUCAAAGAAGAACCUAUUAUAAUUGAUUAG